CCUCCGUUGUUUUGGUUCUGGCAACAGUGACGGGUGCUCGGGCCCUCGGACGUCUAGGAGUGCCCCCAGGGCUGAAACUAGUGCACGAUACUGCCAUAUCUCCUUGUAGGAUGUCCCCUUGAGACUCCGAGACGCGGAGGAGCACUCCAGGACUUCACUGAGGAGAGGAGGAGCCACGAAAUCAGGCGAAGGGGAGGAGGAAGUGCGUUCAGAGCGCGAGGCUGUUGGUCCCUUUGGUGCCUCGGAAUCGGAGACUGUGACAGAUAGCUUGCAAACAUGUGGCAGCUUAGAUUGCUCGGAAAAUUGAUAUUAGUCCUGCUAGGAGCUUCAACAUGGGCACAUACAUUAUCCAUCCCGGAGGAGAACAGCAUUCAGCCCACACACAGUUCUUCUGGCCCAUGUCAUGCUGUGGAACCAACAGAGAUUGUGUGUAGGGGUAUGCAAUCCCUUGAAGAGGUGUCCAGCAAUAUUCCAGAGGAAUUGAGGGCACAAGUAACAAAACUCACUUUGGAGAAUGCUGUUCAGGGAGUCUGGACAAGGGAUGACCUAGUAAAGCUGCCGUCACUGCACACUGUUGUAUUCAACCACAGCUAUUUUUCUGAGUGGGAACUUCCCACACGGCCAGAUGCUCCUUCCCUCUCACGGUUGAUACUGGAGGACUGCUGGAAUAACAAUACCCUCAAGACCUCCAAGAUGAGGUCCACACUCUCUCUUACAACUGAGACACUAGCAGGUCUGGAAGGGUUAGAAGAGUUUCACAUCAUAGACUGCUAUGUUCUCGACUUAAACCUCAGUACCAUUGAGACUGUAAAACCUCUCCAACUUCUCAAUAUAGUUGGUGGAGGCCUCAACUGCACGAAAGACAAGCUGUGGAUGCUGGAUUGGAUGGAAGUAGGCCGAGCAAACAUCACAAAUACCACAAGGUGCUUCGUGGUGAGCUCAGGCGAGAUGACUCUCUUCUCCACACGCUAUAGUUUCAAUGACCACCAAUUCUUGCUCUGCAUGAAGUAUGUGAAGGAAACAGAGCGUGAUUGCCCAAGCCAGUGCCAGUGCAAUGUCCAAGGCUUCAAGGAGAGUCAGUACCCAAUAAUACACUUGCUUUGUGAGAGGGUUGGCCUCACCCAACUGCCUGAGGUCAUCCCAAGAUGUACAACACGCAUGCAGUUUGGAUGGAAUAAUAUCACUGAUAUAAAUACGCUCUUCACUAAUGAAAACUAUCGGAGGAUGGAUUCCAUUCUAUUGAACAACAACCAGAUUUCUUACAUCAAUGGAGAUCUCUUCUAUAACUAUAUCAAGGGGCGACCACUUGAUGUUUACAUCAAUCUUGCAAACAAUAAGUUAACAACGUUGCCAAUCAAGGAAAUUAAUAGGAUUUAUGAAGAGGCACGCCAAACGUCACAACUCUUCUACCCAACAUUCAACCUGGCAGAUAAUCCCUGGAACUGUGACAAUUGCUCCUUCUUGCCAGAUUUCCAGAAACUGGUGUAUUACCAGAGUACAAUGAUUCCUGAUUAUCAUGACAUCCGCUGCCCAAGUGACAGUGAACACCAUCCCAAAAAGCGUCUGAUCUUGAUUGAUGUCAAGUCACAGUGCUCUUCUGGCCCUCCCCUGCUGAAUCACCUUGACAUCCUCAAUAUCACCCUGGCUCUUUUGCUGCUGCUUCUCAUUAUCAACUUCCUCCACAAUUUCUACCAGUACAGACGCCAUGGGAAGCUGCCUUGGAUCAUCAUUCGAAUGCCCUGCUGCUGAGGGAAGCCAGCUUCCUGGCCUGUGGCAUACAACUUGGCUUGUAGGAAGAUAUAAGGGUUGUUAAAGCAUCUUGGUAUUCCUUCUGUUUUAUUCUUUCUACUUUUGUGUUCUUUGGUAUAUAAUUAAGCCAGCACUAGAAGGCUACAUUGGUUGUGUUGCAGCAGGUCUCCAAGCCUGAGUUGCAACAAGAGGACUGAUAAGGGCAGCUUGAAUCUUGUCCUUUAAGGUAUUCUAUUGUGUUCAUACUAUGGCAGAAUGAGUGCAUAUGCCUCAUUGCUGUAAUUACAGUGUUAUGAGAAAGAAGUGGAAUUUGAGUUCAUGAAAUGUACCUGAGAUGAAGAGUUUAUUGCUAAUAUAGUAUAUUCAUAUUACUGUUUUUCUUUUAAAAAUUUAUAUGAAAACAAAUAAGAAAGUAGCUGUAAGUGUGACAACAUUGAGGGGGUUUGUUUCAGAUGCUUAUUCAAUGUUUUUUUUCAUGACUACAAUAUGUCAACAGACAGUUGAUUUGUUGUAUGAUUGAAUUUUUUAGCUGAGUUUUAAAUAUUUGUUCUUAUAUAAUGGAGCUUUUGUUUAUGUUUACAAUUUGGGAAUUCCCAAUUUGACACUUCCCAAUAGAGAGGCUGUUACUGCAUUGUGAUCAUGUAAUCAUCUAGGGCAGUUAUUAUUAUAAUAAAAAUUAAAUAUGGGAAUGCAGGGAUCCACAGUAAUAACUGUGAUAGAUAGCCAAUAGUGAAUUUUAAAGAGAGUUAGUUGUUUCUGCAGUGUCAGGGAUAGGUGAGACAUCAGGAAGGUAUGCAAAAUUCACAAUGUUUGCUUUAAAAUAGUAUGCAAAAUUCACAAUAUUUAGUUUAAAAGUGGUUUUAGUGUAGUCUUGCUUCUGCAGUCAAUUGAUCUUGGACUCAUCCUGUGACAUGUACAUAGAGAUGAUAGCAACUAUGUGUAAUUUUUAUAUCAAAAUCUUAUGAAAAGUAUUUUUGUAAUAAUGGGCAGAUGCACAAACUUUCACGCAUGGAAGUGUAUAUCUGCAGACAAACAUACAAGCACACACAAGCAUGUAAACAAAGGUGGACAUUACAUUACUUAUAUAUAUAUAUAUUUUUUUUUUUAUAGAGUAGUCACAAAUUUGACCUGGUGUCAACACUGACAAUAGUGUGAUUGUCUGAGCUGUAAUUUUCAAAUGUAAUAGUUAAUGGUUAGAACAAAUAAAUGUGCUAGACGUAUAAAGACUUAAAGCACUUUGGUUUUGUUUAAUUAGUUUGAAUUAAGUGCAUUUUGCCAGCACAAAUUCAUCUCAUUGGCACUAGCAAGAAAAAUAUCUUGCUAUGAAGUGUUUCCUCCAGUGAAGUAUUAUUUUACUCAUGCAAAAAUAGAGCUGAGAAACUUUUAACGAGGAGAUUUCACUCCCAAAAAUUUAUAAUGGCGCUUGGCAUAUAAUGGAAGUAUUCAGUAACUAUUUUGAAGAGAAAGCAAAAACUGCAAAUAGCAUUAGUUCAAUAAAUGGUAACAUUACUACUUGUGAAUUACUUUAAAGUAUUGCUUGUCCACCACUGUAUGUCAGUGCAUGCACACACACAUUAAAAAGAACAAGUAGAGUUGGGAUUGUGUGCUCUUGCUCAAGAACAGUUUGAAUAGGACAUUUUAAUCUGACUUGCUCUAAGAUGGUAAGUAUGGGAAUAUAGGGGAACUUUUUAUUUUUUAUUUAUUUUGUGCAUGUGCGUGUGUGUGUGCAUGCAUGUGAGUGAGAAAUUUGUGAAUUAUUAAUUCCCCCAUAAGUCAUAAUGUUGAUGAUACAUUUGAGAAGCAAGUGUUAAAGAAUGCAUUGCUGUAGGAUAAGUCAGGAAACAAAAAUACAAACAUACAGACAAAAAUUAUUUUUCUUGUAUCUAAAUGUUUUUGAGAACAAAUAAAAAGGUGUCCUGUGUAUUCAUUUUAGUAGGCUAUCAGUAAUGAAAGCCAUGAAUUUAUGUCUUAUGCACUACAUAUUUUGGUAAAUCUUGGAACUAGAAACCAACUUUAUUAUAUCUGUCAGUGUUUUUAUGCUUCUUUGGAGCUGCUGCACUAGUCAAAGAUUGUUUUAGAUAAAGGGCAUUUGUGUUUCUAGAUCCUUUCUAUAGGGACAUAUUGCUUUUGAAUAAAUAAACAAAUAAAUAAAUAAAUAAGUACCUUAUGUAUAUAUAAUUUUUUUAUGUGAAAUCCAGUGACAUGCAUUGGUAUCUUUAUUUAGUAAGAGAGAAAGGCAAGGCAUGGUUAGAUUUCCUUAUCCCAAACAUGAUUGUAGUGCUUCUCUACAUUUCAUAUAUUUAAUGCAUGGUAAGACUUCUUCAGGUACUAACUGUAAUAAAGCAAAUAAUUCAUGCCAAGACAAAGUUUGAAAUAGAAUUGGUGAAUAAGAACUUGAUAGCAAAAGAGCUCUACGGGGCAUGGUCCAUUUAACAGUACAAUGCAAAAAUAGUUUGAUUAACAGAAACUUGAAGGUGAUUUAAGAAUACAAAAAUAAAGUAGAUGGAUCUUUAGAAGUUCAUUACAUAUAUCAUAUGCAGUCCUGCUAGAGUGAAUAGUUCCAUGGUGGUGAGUUGUGGCUAACAGAGGGUGUACUUUAUUUGUGAUUGCCAUUUUCAUGGGUUACCUAUGGUUUCCCCACUUUUAAUAUCAUAUCCAUGGGUACCUGGCCACCUUCCAACUUUUUUAACAGGACCAUCAAUUGGUAAUAAUGCACAGGUACUACCCCUCACGUGGAUGCAGCUUUAACCUCAACACAUGAGCAUUUGCGAGUGUACAGUAUAUUUAAUCCCUUUGUCAUGUGCAGAUGCAUAGUUUCAUAUGGAGGGUGCUAUUGAGUAAGUAUUCAAGUUUUACACAUAGUCAGUCUGUCGCUAUUUGAUUUAAAUCAAGGCAUGUCUUUCAGAGUGUACACUAGGGUAUUUUUUAGUGCUUCAUCAUGCAUCUCAUAUAUUUUCUAAUUUUAUGUUUUGCUCACCAUGUAGUGUUCUCAUAAUGUUUCUCAUGACUAUAGAAGAAAUUGUUGCUAACAUUAUGCUAGUAAAAGAGAAGGGUAUUACACCAAUGUUUGGUUCAAGUUGCUCUUUGCCCAGUUUUAGGCAGAUGAUGUGAAUUGCAGUAGGUUUCUGCUGCUUAGUAUCUGGAUAAAAUUGAUUAUUAGCACAUCAGAAAUUUCAUUUGGCUACAAUAGGUGAACUGCACAGUUCACAGACACACUGAUAUUUCUUUAUUAUUUUUUUUAAUGUAAUAAUUAAGUUCACUGGAUAUCAUUGUGCUGCUACUAGCCUAGAGCUCAUUUUACUGUGUAAGCUUUAUUUAUAGUAUGUCAGCUUGAUAUGUGGUUAUAUUGAGUUUCAUGGAAAACAAAGAGAUGUGCUAACAACAAAAUAUUUUGUGAACUGAUUGAUGAGAUUGCAUAUUGUAUGAUUUUCAAAAGUACAUUUGCAAAUUUGACUGGACCACAAAUUUAUAUUUUUUUAAAACUCAGUUGUUGCCUGCAUUGACCCCUAAAGGUUGAUGUGUAAUAAUUAUCACUAUUAGGUGUAAUUGUUUGCCAAUGCAAUAGAGGCAUAAAUUGUUUGACUACUAUUUUUCUGGAUUUUUUUAUGCACUUUUUAAGCCUUCCUAUUUUCCCCAUCUUGUGGAAAGACAGCAAAGUUGUUUUACCAGCUAAGCUUUCCAUUUCCUUAUUACAGAAUUUUGAGGCUUGGUCUUUUUCUUGCCUUAUCUUCAACUACACACGGAUCUGGACUUGCCCAUCCAUAUGGGAUGAAGUGCACAAAGUUUCAAAGACUGAAUAAUUGGUGCUAAAGCAUCUGCUGGAAAAAUCUUUAUAAUACUUAUUCAUAAAUUUUAUAAAAUUUUGCUUUUGUUUUCCAAGUAGAAAAAAAAAAUGUACAGUUUAUGCAUCACAAAAUAAAUUAAGUUUGCUUA